AUGGCUCGUCGACAGCAUGCAGCUAUCAACGGGACUCACCUCAAUGGUGAUGCUCCCCCACCUUCCACACUGGCUGCCCAGAUCGUACAGAAUCAGACUCGAAAGGCAACAAAUCAGGCGCAGGACGAGACCGCCAGCUUUCGAGACCUUCUCCACGAGAUAUUGCACAGCAAUGCUGCAGCGCCUGAGACGGAUGUUGAUGUCAAUGCACAGCUCAUCAAUGUCGUGGUACAGGCUGGCCUCGUGCCACUGACACUCGAGAACCCGUUCGCAGACUGGGAUGUACUCGUGCCGCAAGGUAUGGACAGUAUUGCGGUCAUCGAGUCUACGAUCAGACGCCAGCCUGAGGUACUGCUACACCGCCUUACUCCAGAUGGACCCCAGCUCAUUUUGAGCAUUCUCGCCACGCUCAUCGCAAUAUGCGGUCGACAAAAGUGCGAGCAAAUAGCUGUCAACGGCUUGCUCGUGUCGUCAAUGAAAGCUCUUGAGAAGUCGCCGGAGCUUUGGCGACAGGCUCGCACUUUGUCAGGGGUGAUACAAUACUGCGUGGAUGACGCUCUUUCUGUCCUCGAAACAUCUUCGUCAAAAAUCACUACGCUGAACCUUAGUCUACCUCCUGCUCGAGGCGUGGUCAAGUUUUGGCCUCAGUCAGAAGGCAGUAUUGCUCUGCCGCAAGGCACAACCACCACUGUUGGAGAAACGAGCCGAGCUUUCCUCGUCGCAUUAGAGCUCUCACGCAUACCGGCCCUCGAUGCCUUCUGGAAGCAAGAUGCGUGUCUCCGACUACAACGAUUGGCAUUGUCCCUUCGACCACAGCUAGGGAAGAGUUCGCGCUGGGACUAUGCCGUUGAGCAGUUGCUGCAGCUGCCCUACGACUGGCUUCUUGUGGCGGCCCUUAUAGGUGAUAUUCCGACAGCAAUGCCUUCCACUGCUGUGCAGAAGCUGCUGGCUGCAGCUCUGAUCACUCUUCUCAAUGCACGGCUUGACACCGCAAGAGACGCGAUCGUACCUGUGCUGUCCAAGGCCACCACAGAUGAGACAUGGCAAGCUCUCCAUGAGGACCUCAAAAUCGCCAUCGCUACCUGGGUCACUCGAUUGGAACUGAACGAGAGUGCUACCGAGAACGUCACGACUUUACUUGAGACACUCCGAGCAGAUGAUGCGAUGACCGACAGUGAAUUGCAGGUCAGUUUUCGACAUCUCAGCGUGGCGAAGCCGUGUCACACUAGGCAUUCGCGGCUUCGCAAACGUCGGAAGCUGUCUGCGGAAGUGCCUGAGGUGAGACGGGCCAGGGUCGUUCGCAAGACUUCGCAACUGCUUGCGGGGGUCGAUACUGAAGACUUGGCUGCGUUGCCUGAUGUGGCAGUAUCUGUCUAUGCCACAUUGCGGCCCGAAGAUCAAUGCUGUGCAUGGCAAAAUUUGUCUGAACUCACGAUUUAUGAUCUUGACACGGCACUGCGAACGAUCGCGCGACUUUUGCAAGCAGGCGAGCCUCGCGACGACAGGCAGGUCCGAAUACUAGCUCUGCUGGCGGUGCGAGCAUGUCUGCAACGAACGAGUGAUCCAGUAUACGUGGACAUAUCAAGCCACUUCGCUCGGCACAUUCUCAAUUCACUACGCAGCUCGAUCCGGGAAUUGCGAACGGCUGCCGCACACGCAAUAUCGGUCUUCCUCCGACCUGAUCUCCCAGAGAGCAUCAGAGUUCAGAACAGACAGACUGUGUUAGAACACCUUCGUGGCGCCUCGACUCGUGAUGUGCCAAAUGAGCAAGAGACACUGGUCACAGCUUGGGGACAAGUUGCUAUGUCAUGCGGUGAAAGGGAGCUCAAUCUGGCCUUACUGCAGCUGGUCGAUUAUCUUGGUCACGGCAACGCGUUCGUCUGCGCCAUGGCAUUCGCUGAGCUGGAAGCCAUCGCUGCUUUCAAGAAAAUGUCGCCGAAAGAGUUGUUCCAGCCCUUUUGGCGUUCAAUUGCGGUCGCUGUUGUGCAGGAGCUUCACAGCCGACCACAGAAGGCACAACAACUUUGCGACUUGUUGAGCAUGGACAUUAACAAUUUCCUUGUCCUGACACAGCGCGAGACACUUCCUUUCCUAGUAUUGACGAAGAAGAAGGACCUUCUCCAGCGCAUCGCAAAUGCACGUGGCAAUGGGACCACUGUUGAAGAUGUCUGCAUGCAACCACGAACAAAUCUGGCUGCGAUCUUGGCGCUGCUACUAUCACAAUCUUCGCACGAAGCGGAAGAACUUGCCUUCUCGUGCCUGACGGAAGUUGCGCCAGAUUUACGAAAGACGGAUAUGUCAAGCUUGGUCAAGGUGGACCCGGUCCUGAUCGCUUGUGAAAUGCUCAAGCUGAGCGGUGAACAAGCUCCUGACAGGAAAUCGCGUGCAUACCAGGCCUUUCAGACGUUUGCGAAUAUCGCUGAGAGGGCACCCGGACAGCGAAAGGCCCAUUCGAAGUCCUCGAAAGCAGUAAGCCAGUUUCUAGAUGACAAAGUGCUUGGUAUCUUGACUCUGUUCUCUACUAUGCUGGAGACCGGUCCCGGAGCAGAGUCGACCUUGGAGAAGAUCCGCUGUCUGAAGGGCAUGGCAGACAUGUUUGUCAUUGCUAAAGGCAAGCUAUCGUUUGCAUUGCCGCAGAUCCGAGGAUGCUUGCAAUCCGGACUUGAACAACCGGAACUCUGCGAGGUCGCAUUCGACGCCUGGCUCUCGCUGAUACCACUUCUCGAGGCAGACGAUGUUGCGCUCAUCGUGGACGAGACAUUCGUGCUCAUCACUCGCCACUGGACAGCUCUGUCAUUAGACCUGCAGCAGAAGACACACGAGAUGCUGAGCCAACUCGUGAAAACUCACAACGUGCUAUUGCAGGAGAACAUCAUGACACUUCCCUCACUUGAAGGUAUCCCUUUGCUUUCAAAAUUCGCAUCCGAGUUCGAGAGACUUCGAUCGCAAGAGAGUGUCGAAUCUUACUGCAAGGCUUUCACGAACAGGCUGCGCGACGAUGGCGACACAGUCGUUCUCCAGUCAAUUAAAGAGCUCGUACCAUAUCUGAAUUCCGUUCAAGAUUUCAUACACGAUACCGCGGCCAGCGAGCAUCCCUCGCCUGCACUAUCCGAACUGCUAUGUGCUUUGCUUGACGUGACUGUCAAGUACUCUAGCACCAAUGCAGAAGCCGCAGAGCUAUGCGGCAAGGCACUUGGGAUCAUCGGAUGCCUGGAUCCCAACCGCGUCGAAGCAACACGAAGAAAGGGUCACAUAAUGGUGCUUUCCAAUUUCGACAGGGCAGGCGAGGUCAUCGAUUGGGUCAUUGCGCUUCUUCAAGAUGUCCUAGUCAAGGCCUUCAAGUCUGUCACAAAUGCCAAAUCACAGGGGUUCCUGGCAUAUACCAUGCAAGAAUUGCUUGGAUUCUGCAAUUUCAGUCAAGUUGCAGCAUUGCGACCUCGCGCAUCUCAAGCGCCCGAAGCUGCAGCGAAAUGGUAUCAGAUGCCUGAGCACAUCCGCACGGCUCUGACGCCGCUGCUCACUUCCAGAUAUGUUGUGACGAGCAACAGUGCUGUACUUCCGCCAGAGAGGACUUACCCGGGGUUCUCUCCUGACGCUUCCCACAGUUCCUGGCUCAGGUCCAUCACUUACGAUCUUAUGUUUCGGGGCAAAGGAGAGAAUGCCCAAGCAAUCUUCACUUUGCUGGCUCGAAUCAUUCGUGGCCAAGAUCUGGCCAUUGCUCGUUUUCUCUUCCCCUAUGCCGUUCUCAAUGUGGUCAUCGGUGGCACCGCCGCCGAGGUGCAGGAUCUUGUCGAAGAAUUCAUGGCAGUGCUGCAAUCAAGCCCGGAAACAGCAACCCAGCAAGAAAUCAUCAGGCUCUGCAGCGAGAGCGUUUUUGCUGUCCUUGACUAUAUGUCGACUUGGCUGCGCGAGAAGCGUAAAGAGCUCAGCGAAACCCGAGCCGCUGCAUACAAGACUGGUAUCUCACCCAACGAGUUCGACGAAGCCCGUGAUAUUGGCCAGAUCGAAACAGUCGAGAACUUUCUAGCAUCAAUUCCGGCCGAGAUCAUCGCGAACCAGGCCAUUGAUUGCAGGUCUUACGCUCGCGCAUUGUUCCACUGGGAACAAUAUAUCCGGCAAGAACGAGAUCUCAUUCCAUCUGGGAAGCUGACGAGCGAGCAUGAAUCGUCGAUGUACGAGAGGUUGCAGGAGAUCUACACACAGAUCGAAGAGCCCGAUGGACUAGAAGGUAUUGCAGCGCACUUGCCUUUGGUGUCCGAGCAACAACAGACUAUCAAUCACGCAAAAGCAGGGCGAUGGACUGCUGCACAGGCGUGGUACGAACUUCAGCUCACGGAGCAGCCGACCAAUACCGACAUUCAGCACGAAAUACUUCAAUGUCAGAAGGAGACUGGGCAAUAUGCAACACUCCUACGCUAUGCAAAUAGUUUCCUCAACCCUGACGAUAGCAGAGGCGACAAUGUAGCGGCAGCCAUCAAGACUCAUCUCCCGCUCGCAGCUGAAGCUUGUUGGAUGGUUAAUGACUUCGACGGCCUCAGGCGAAGACUGCUCAUGCGUCCAGAAGAGCUGGAGACCGAUUUCAACAUCGGUGUUGGAAAGCUGCUACUCUGUGCAGGUGGCGAAGGCUCGCUCCCUAAGCAGAUUAGCAGCAUGCGCAAGUUGAUUACGGAAGGCUUGUCGAUGGCUAGCACGGACUCGCUGCAGACUUGUCAUGCGGAGCUGAUGAAAUUGCAUGUCCUUUACGAAGUCGAAGCUUUGUCGACUGUUCAGCCAGCUGAUGCGUCUCGUCUGCAGAGGGCGUUCGAGAAGCGUCUGAACGCUAUCGGGGCAUAUGUACAGGACAAGCAGUUCAUACUUGGAAUACGCCGGGCUGUGAUGCGAAUACAGCCGAAUGCUUUCAAGCCGACGCACACAGGCGCAUCUUGGCUCACCACAGCUCGAUUAGCCCGUCAGACGAAAAACAUCCCUAGUGCAUACAAUGCUGUGCUCAAAGCGUACGAGUCCGAAGAGCGCGGCUCGAAAGUUGAAGAGGCAAGGCUGCUCUGGACUGAGGGCCAUCAAAGACAAGCCAUUCAGGCCUUGGAAGCCGCGAUCGAGUCUGGAAUACUGGAGGCCGACGACCCUAACUCCAGCAUGCCAAACGUCAGUGCUGCUUCUAGUACGCUGAGUGAGAUCAAUGGAUGGAAACAGAAUCCACUUUUGGGCAAAGCACUUCUUCUACUUGCCAAGUGGCUGGACGCAUCAGGGCAGAGUCAAACCAAGGACAUGACUGAUCGUUACCAAAUGGCAGCACGCCGUCAUCAGCGAUGGGAGAAAGGUCAUUACUACCUGGGCAAGCAUUACACGAAGCUUUUGGACGCGCAGAAGGCCUUGCCCAGAGAGAAGCAAACGCAGUCUUACCUCACUGGCGAGCUUACCAAGCUGGUUAUCGACAACUCGUUACGAUCAGUUCCGUUUGGCAACAAGUACUGGCAUGAGACCAUUCCUCGUGUUAUAACAUUGUGGCUGCAACUUGGAAUGGACUGUCUGACGAGAACGCGCGGAGAGGAUGAAGUGACUUUUGAGAAGCGCAAAAAGUCGCUGCAGGCUUGCAACAGACAGCUGCAGAAGUACUUCGAGCGUGUUCCCCCAUACGUCUUCUAUCACGCGCUUCCACAGCUGAUAUCUCGCAUCACACAUCCUCACCCAGAAGUCUGGAAGCAAUUGUGCAACAUCCUGGUCCGUAUCGCAUCCACUCACCCAAGCCAGACGUUAUGGAGUCUGCUUGCUGUGCCGAAAGCGACAGACAAACUGCGAGUAGAACGAGGGAAGGAAGUGCUCAAUCGACUGAGGGACCCAAAGAAUCAGCCCAAGGGCGACUCAUCGAACAUCGACCUGAAGUCGCUCAUCGUGCACAGCCAGCGGCUCUGCGAUGGACUGCUUCUCGCUUGCGAGCGCCCAGUCAAAGAUCGCGUUGUGCACGUCAGUCUGUCCAACGAUCUUGCGUUCAAGCUCAAUCUAGCCCCAAGCGAUUUGGUCGUGCCUGUCGAAUCGACAUUGACUGCUUCUGCACCUCCUGCUGCUAAUAGCGAGUCGAUCAGACGCCACAAGGCCUUCACGCAGGACAAGAUCACGAUCCAGGCAUUCCAUGACGAGGUGUUUGUUCUUAGUUCGCUGCAACGUCCUCGGAAGAUUACUGUUCGUGGCUCCGAUGGCAAGCUGUAUGGGCUGCUGUGUAAGCCGAAAGAUGAUCUGCGCAAGGAUCAACGACUCAUGGAGUUCAACGGCAUCAUCAACCGCGCUCUGAAACGCAACACUGAAAGCAGUAAACGUCGUUUGUACAUCAAGACGUAUGCUGUCACUCCACUCAGUGAAGAGUCUGGAUCCAUUGAGUGGGUAGAAGGUAUCAAGCCGAUGCGCGAUAUACUUCUCAACACAUACCAGCGAAAAGGCAUUCGACCGAAUUACAAUCAGAUCAAGAAGGAUCUUGACUUGGCGUCUGCUUCGGAGGAGGAUGCUCACAUCUUUGCGGAUAAGGUCCUCACACAGUUCGAGCCAGUCCUUCACGAGUGGUUUACCGAGACAUAUUCCGAGCCAGAAAUCUGGUUCAAUGCUCGAUUACGCUACGCCCGCUCAGCAGCUGUUAUGUCCAUAGUCGGGCACAUCCUUGGACUCGGAGAUCGUCACGGUGAGAACAUUCUGCUCAUGGAAGGCACUGGGGGCGUCUUCCAUGUGGACUUCAACUGCCUGUUCGACAAAGGCUUGACGUUCGAAAAGCCAGAACUCGUGCCCUUCCGCCUGACACACAACAUGGUCGAUGCGAUGGGUCCUUAUGGCUAUGAGGGGCCUUUCCGCAAGUCUUCUGAGUUGACACUGGGACUGCUCCGCCAGGAACGAGAUACGCUGAUGACUGUUCUAGAGACUUUCUUGUACGAUCCCACUGCAGACUUCGUGGGCAAGAAGAAGAGAACUACGCCUGGAGUGCCGGAAACUCCGGCUGAAAUCCUGGAGAGCGUUUCUACGAAGCUAAAGGGCCUUCUUAUUGGGGAGACCGUGCCGCUGAGCGUGGAGGGGUACGUUGAUGCUUUGAUUCGACAAGCUACGAGCCAUUUCCGGCUGGCGAGCAUGUAUAUCGGGUGGUGUUCGUUCUUGUGAGGGCAUUCGUAAAGAAGCAUGAGGCGGUACAGAUGCUUGUCAUGAUGCCACAGCUGGCGUGAUACUAUGUGUGGUUUCUCAGCAUCGCUAUCAUAACACGAGGCUUGUACCGACUGUGUAGUAGUGCACCAGGUUGCAACAUGAAGUGAAGCAAUAGUUGACUCUAUAAUGGCACUGUCGCUGAUCAAUGAACAAAUACAC